CAUCCCCCAGGCGCGAGCGGACGCGCGGCGGGAGUCGUUCCUCGACGGGCAGCGGGGCGCUCGAUCGCCGCGUCUGGGCUGAGCGCGGCGACGCUGCUGCCCCGAAAUCCUCCUGGAUCUUGAGGCGUAUGGAACCUCAAGGUCUUUGUGAUAAUGGAAACCAAAAAAUUGAUUGGUAAACCGCUUCAACCAGCAAGACCUAUUCGUCAUCUGACUUCACCCCCUGGAGCAGUAUUUCCUUUCAACUUUCAAAAUGAAUAUCCAUGCAACUCUCAGUGCUUACAAAGUGGAGUUGGCAGAUGUAAGACAAAUGGAAUGCAAGCCUUUCCUCAAGGUCUUAAUGAACAACAACAUCAGUCUCCAGUUAAAAAAGAAAGAAUUAAAUACAGCAGAGAUUUCCUGUUGAAGCUCUCAAGUGUUUCCAUCUGCAGAAAAAAACCAGACUUUCUGCCUGAUCAUCCCAUUGUACUUCAGAAACCAGAAAACAACCAAAGUUUUAAGUAGCAUUCUAAGAACACAUGAAUUUGAAGAUAAUUAUUUAUUUUAUAUUUUGGACACCUACAAAUGAAGUGGAUCUUAGUAACAAUAACUGCAAUGAACUGUGACAAUUGAAUUUAUUUUUAAUUUUCAUGGUUGGCUAUUUGGUUUUUCCUAAAAUGAGAAAGAUAUUUUAAACUAUAAAGAAUUUUCUAAUCAGUUUCAGCUUUGCAGGCAGUUACCUGCAUAAAUUGGGAAGUGACACUAGAAAGUAAGAAUUUGCUUAGUGAAGUGGGAAGACUGUGUAUUUAUAAUUUGUAUGCUACUUGCAAUUUUUUUUUGUUUUUCAUCACUUGUAAUAAUGGAAUGGAAAUGCAAGCUGAAAAGAUUCUCAAAUAUAAAGUAUUUGCUAUGAUGUAUGUAUGGUAUAUACUUCUUGUUGCUUUUCUGUUUCUCACUGAUUUCAUACUAGCACUUGAAAGGAUUUUUACAAUCUCUCUAGAAGCUUAGAAUGAUUUGUGAUGUUCAAUACAUAGUUUUCUUGACAGGAAGGAGAAUUUUUAAGUGGCCAUUUUUGAUAAAAUAUAUGAUUGGUUUCUAAGUUUUCAACAAUAAAUUAACAUCUUAGAUUCAUAGCUACUAGCAGAGAUUGAAAAUUUGGAAACUAAUUUAUGGAACUGAAGUGGAAAAAUAGCUGUUACUUGUGUCACUAAGCAGACCAUAUGAACAGAAAUUGAGUAAUUGCCAAAACAGAACUGAUACUUUCUGUUCCAAAAAGAAGAAAUUUAGGCAUUUAAAAACAAUUCAGGUAUAUUAGGUUUCAAUUCUGUAAUUUCUUAUGUCAACAACAAGUCAGAAUGAAGAAUUUGGGGAUUUAAGCAUUUCAUACAAUAAAUCUCCUGCAAAUUUGCCACUUUGGAUGAUACCCUUAGUGUAAAAAAGAAGUUUCUUCCAGCACAGUGCCCAAAAAAUGUUGUUAUAAAGGUAAGUGUAAACUCUCCCUACUUCUGUUCUCUCAUAUCCUUGAGUCUACUGGCAAGCAGUUCAAGGCCCGUAUUUGGCAGCAUGAUUAUCUUACUCUGAAUUCUUAAAAACCAGUACCUUUCUCUUCACCAGCUCUUGCUUGUUACCCAGAUUCAAGCUUUUGUCCAUGGUAGGUUUCCAUCUUUGUAUUUCAGUUCUUCAUUUUUCAUUACUUUCUCAGAAAUAUGGAUCAUUUUAAA